UGUGCAAUACACCGUCGUGAACUGAUCCAUUGAAUUGUUGGGACUAUUUAAACAACAAGUCUUGUGCAUUCCCUCCAAACCAAAAAAAGUGUCACAGCUCUGAAAAAAGCCCACAAACUGAUCAAGAAUAGAGUACUGAACAAUUCCAAUUCAUUAAAGGAGAAAUGUCUCCUGCAUCUUUGUCUCUCACAACAAGCCACCUCCCAAUCUUUAAGGCUCAAGAAAUUUGCAAAGAAAACCAUACCAAGACCUCAGUUAGAGGUGAUGCUCCAGUCCAUAAGCUCUCUUCUUCAGAAGCCAAACUCAGCAGGAGGAAGCUUCUGAAAACAGCUGGAUUGGGGCUUCUCGGGUCCGGCAUUUUAACCAUCCGACCGGCGAGAGCGGAACCGGAAAGCCCCUUGGAUGUGACUUCAAACAGGUUGUCGUACUCGCGGUUCCUGGAGUACUUAAAUGAAGGUGCAGUAAAGAAGGUGGAUCUUUUCGAGAAUGGAACCGUCGCCAUUGCGGAGAUAUCAAAUCCGGUCUUGAACAGAAUCCAGAGGGUCAAAGUGCAGCUUCCCGGGCUACCGCCGGAGUUGCUGCGGAAGCUGAGAGAGAAGGAUGUGGAUUUCGCGGCCCAUCCGUUGGAACCGAAUGUAGGACUCAUGUUCCUCGAGUUUCUCAACAACUUCGCGUUCCCGCUCCUGUUACUUGGAUCACUUUUUCUGAGAAAUUCGUAUUUGAACAAUCCGGGAGGACCCAAUUUGCCUUUCGGCCUUGGAAGGUCUAAAGCCAAGUUUGAGAUGGAGCCAAAUACCGGAGUAACAUUCGAUGAUGUAGCUGGAGUUGAUGAAGCAAAGCAAGAUUUCCAGGAAAUUGUCGAAUUCUUGAAGUCACCAGAAAAGUUUGCAGCGGUUGGAGCGCGGAUUCCUAAGGGUGUACUACUCGUUGGCCCGCCCGGUACCGGUAAAACAUUGCUGGCUAAAGCCAUAGCUGGUGAGGCGGGGGUUCCUUUCUUCUCCAUAUCAGGUUCAGAGUUCAUCGAGAUGUUUGUCGGGGUGGGGGCCUCGAGAGUAAGAGAUCUGUUCAACAAGGCCAAGGCGAACUCUCCGUGCUUGGUGUUUAUUGAUGAGAUAGAUGCGGUCGGGCGGCAGAGAGGAACGGGUAUCGGCGGAGGGAAUGAUGAGAGAGAACAAACAUUGAAUCAGUUGCUAACAGAAAUGGAUGGUUUUAGUGGGGACAGUGGAGUGAUUGUUCUUGCCGCCACGAACAGACCGGAGAUUUUAGAUUCGGCUCUGCUGCGACCGGGAAGGUUCGAUCGACAGGUAACUGUCGGAUUGCCGGAUGUGCGAGGAAGGGAAGAGAUUCUGAAGGUGCACAGCAGAAACAAGAAGCUCGAUAAGGAUGUUUCCCUCAGCUUAGUGGCCAUGAGAACGCCAGGAUUCAGCGGCGCUGACCUCGCAAACCUGAUGAAUGAAGCAGCCAUACUUGCUGGAAGAAGAGGCAAAGACAGAAUAACGGUGAAAGAGAUUGACGAUUCGAUCGACCGAAUCGUGGCUGGGCUGGAAGGAACCAAGAUGACAGAGGGAAAGAACAAAAUACUUGUGGCUUAUCAUGAGAUUGGGCAUGCGAUUUGCGCGACCCUCACUCCUGGGCAUGAUCCAGUGCAGAAGGUUACAUUGAUUCCGCGAGGACAAGCGCGCGGCCUUACUUGGUUCCUACCGGGUGAAGAUCCAACACUAGUUUCGAAGCAACAAAUCUUUGCAAGAAUAGUUGGAGGCCUAGGUGGCCGAGCAGCAGAAGAAGUAAUAUUCGGUGAACCAGAGGUCACCACUGGUGCAGCUGGAGAUCUGCAGCAGAUAACUCAGAUAGCUAGACAGAUGGUCACAAUGUUUGGAAUGUCCGAACUCGGACCAUGGGCGCUGAUAGAACCGGCAGCUCAAAGCAGCGAUGUGGUGUUAAGAAUGCUAGCUAGGAAUUCAAUGUCCGAAAAGCUUGCAGAAGAUAUCGACAAGUCGGUGAAAGCUAUUGUCGACAAAGCUUAUGAGAUUGCAAAGAAUCACAUUAGGAACAACCGAGCGGUUAUCGACCUGCUUGUUGAGGUGUUGAUAGAGAAGGAAACUCUCUCAGGAGACGAGUUCAGAGCAAUACUAUCUGAGUACACUGAUAUAAUGCAAGGGAAGCGAGAUGCGAAACCUGCACAGCAACUUGUUGCAGCUUAAGUAGACCUGUUAGUACACUGUAUGCUUCUUGCGUAAAGCGCACAUAUGUAAAGUUACAGAUUUUUAUAUGUGAAUCUUUGAUUUUCAUUUAUCUGAAUCUAGAUUUCUGAAUUCUAGCUA